AUGGAGAGAAGGGGAAAAAAUCAAACCAACGAUGCUACUCUUAACGAAUUUGAUGAUGAUACCUCUGAAUUUAGUAUGAACAUAUUGAAUCAUCCUAACACGGAUGUAUUAGUAAGUCCCAUUAAAGUUGUGGACCAUGAUUUUAAUAAUUUUAUUAAUAAUAAAUGUUUAGAUUAUUCAAUUGAUUCUUCUUUAGAUAUUACUACUAGUAAUUUAACAACUCUCAAAAGUAAAGGGCAACAAAAAAUAAAUAAGUCGAAUCACGCAGUUCAAAAUGGAAAUAAUAAUAUGGAUGAGAAAAUAAAGAAAAACACCAUAUUAGUAAAUAAAGAGGAAAAGAAUAAAAAAGGAGAUGCAAAUGUAAAUGUUGCUCAUGAAAAUGUCGCCCUUCAAAAUGUCGCCCUUCAAAAUGCCGCCCUUCAAAAUGUUGAAGAGGAGAACAACUUAACAAGAAAUAAAGGAAAUUUCAAAUAUGCUGAAAAUUUUAGCGGUAGUAAUAAUAAUCAUUAUGGUAGUAGAGUCAUCCAAAAAAGUAAACAUACGCAAGAUUAUAGGAAGGAUGGGUCUUAUGAACAAGAAGAAAUAGAAGAUAAUGAAUAUAUUAACAUUUCUCAAAGUAAAGCCCAACAUGAAGAUAUGAAUAAUGUUCAAAGUAUUAUCCCACAUGAUGAUUCAAUUAUUACUCCGAGUAACCAUAAUAAUUUAAAAUGUGAUGUCCUAAUAAAAGAUAAGGAUCAAUCAUAUAAUAGGAAUAUGAAGAAAUACAGUGAAUUUAAUUUAAAACAACAGGAUUUAUCCAUAUCUCAAGAUUAUUUAAACAAUAGUAUAUUAUCAAGUGUUGGUCUUUAUAAAGAAAAUGAUUUGUGUUUUAUUAAAUAUAUUAUCGUAUCUAAUUUUAAGAGUUAUGAAGAUGAAAAUAUUAUCGGUCCUUUCUCAAAAUUUACGUCUAUUAUUGGACCCAACGGGUCAGGUAAAUCGAAUAUUAUGGACUGUAUAUGUUUUGCUUUAGGUAUAAAUAAUAAAUAUUUACGUGUGAAGAAUUUAAGAAAUUUAAUUUAUCAUAAAGAAAAUGAAAAAGCUGAAGAUAUAAAUAAACGUAUAUGUUAUGUAAAAAUAAUUUUAGAAUGUAAUAAAGAAAAUGUUGAAAUAAAAAGAACCUUAAAUUAUAAAGGAGUUAGCAAUUUUUAUAUUAACGAUAAAUUAGUUGAUCAGAAAGAAUAUAUGAAUUUCCUAAGAAAAAAUCGAAUUGAAACCAAAACCAAAACGUGCUUAAUUUUCCAAGGUGAUAUAGAAGAUAUUAUUAAUAAAAAACCAAACGAGCUAGCCAAAUUAUUUGAAUAUAUUAGUGGUUCAGACGAAUAUGAACAAAUAUAUGAAGAUAUAAAAGAAAAAUUAAAAGAAAAACAAAUUAAUUGUAAGAAUUAUUUAAAUGAAAAGAAAAAAAUAGAACAAGAAAUGAAAAUACAUAAAAUACAAAUGAAUGAUAAUAUAGAACAUAAUAAACUUAAAGAAAAUUAUGAAUAUGAAAUUAAAUUAUAUUAUCUAUUUAAAUUAUAUCAUUAUUUUAAAAAAAAAGAAAAAUUUAAAGAAGAUUUACUCCUAUAUAAAGAAGAAAGCUUACAAUUUGAACAAGAUAUAUUAAAUCAAAAUAAAAAAAAAGCAAAUACAUUAGAAAAAAAUAAUCUAAUUAAAAAAAAAGAAUCUAUAAAAAUUGAAGAAGAUAUCAAAAAGAAUUAUGUACAAAUUAAUCAAUUAAAAAUAUUAUUAAACGAAAUAUCAGAAAAAAAAAAAUUUUGUAACGAUUCUUUACAAAAAUUGGUUUCUAAUAAAAAACUCAAAAUCAACAUGCAAGAACAUUGUAAUAAGUUUAUGGAAAAUUUAAAUUUACAAAUAAAGGAACAAAAUAAAAAAUUAGAAAAUGAAUAUAAAAAUAAAUUAAAAAUUAAUAUAAAAUUCUUUUCAAAAUAUGAAUGUGUACAAAAUAUCAUCAAAACGAAAAUUGAGGAAUGUAAAAUGAACUCACAUAUCGACCAGCAGGACCAAAAUGAAUCCAACGUACAUUUGAAUAAUGAAAACAUAAAAAAAAAAAAUGAUAAAAAAGGAAAAAAAAAAUUAAAUAUAAAUAACCAUGAUGAUAUGAAGAUAUCUAAUCAAGAUGUAUCGAAUAAUAAUAAUAAUAUGAUGGAAUAUUAUACAAAUAUGUUAAAUUUCUUAAAAGAUGAAAAAAUAUUAAAUAAAAUACAUAUUGAUAGUACAAAUAAUUAUGAAAAUCCAUAUGAAAAUUAUAAUAUUAUCGAAUUUAUAGAAAAUAUUGAUGAAUAUAAAAAAUGUAAAGAGACAUAUCUGUAUUUAUGUGCGAACAGUAAUAUUAAUAUAAAUAAUUACACAAACUUAUCUUGUUCUUUAAAAAAAGAUAUAAAAGAAUUACAAGAAGAAUGUGAUACAUUAAAUAGGAAGAAACAAAAAGAAUUAUUAGAAUAUGAAUCUGAAAAAUUAGCAUAUGAUCAAUUAAAUGAACGUAUAUAUAAAUUAAAUAGUGUCAUAAAGGAACAAGAUGAUAAUAUCCAAAAUAAUAAAAUGAAAAUAAAAAUGUGGAAUGAAACUAUUUUACAAAAGGAAAAACAAAUUGAAAUAUUAGAAGAACAAACCAAUAUUUUAAAUGUUCAUAAAAAUGAAUUAAUUUCAUUUGAGAAAAAAAGAGAUAUUAUAAAAAAUUUAAAAAAUACGUUUGGACAUGAUCAAGUUUUUGAUGAAGUUAGUAAUUUAUAUCAAGUGAAUAAUCAAAUAUAUUAUACAGCUGUAAAUAAUGUUAUACAUAAAUAUAAUAAUUUUCUGGUAGUCAGAAAUAUUGAUAUAGGUAUGAAGUGUAUAAAAUAUUUAAAGGAUAAUAAAUUACAAAGAAUGGAUUUUAUACCCUAUGAAAAUUUUGUAUCAAAUUUAAAAAAAAAAAAAAUAAAUAAAAAUAACAUAACAGAAGAGGUUUAUACAAGAAAAAACGAACAACAAAAACAAAAACAAAAACAAGGUCGUGAUGGUGGUGGUGAUGGUGAUGUUGGUGGUGAUGGUGAUGUUGGUGGUGAUGGUGAUGUUGGUGGUGAUGCUGGUGGUGAUGAUGAUGUUGGUGGUGAUGAUGAUUAUGAUUAUAAUGAUUUUCAAAAUACAGAACAUGAUACACACCUUGGUAACCAUAAAAGGAGUGUGUCUUCCUUUAAUAAUGUAGACAAAGUUAUUAAUACAUUUAAAAAGAAAAAUAUAAUUUUAGCAAAUAAUUGUCUUGUAUGUGAUCAAGAAUAUAAAAUAAUGUUUGAUUAUUUAAUAGGAGAAGAUACAUUAAUUGUAAAUAAUAUAAAAGAUGCUGAAGAUAUAAAAAAUAGGUUUCCUUAUAUAAAUAUUAAUAUGGUAACAUUAAAUGGACAUGUUAUUUCUAAAAAUAAUAAUUUAAUUAUUGACAUUACAAAUAGAUAUUCGGAUAUAGAGAAAUUUAAUAAUAAAAGAUUAAAUAUUAAUUUAUAUAAUAAAUUAAUAAACGAGAAAGAAGAAUGUAUAAAUAAUAUUAAUGAGUGUAAUCGAAAUAUUAUUCAAACUAAUGAACUUAUAAAUAAACAACAAAGUGAAUAUGAAUUAAAUAAAAAAAAAAUUUCAAGUAUAUUAAUUAAAAAAAAUAUUUUUGAAAAAGAAAUCGAAGCUAAAAAUAAAGUAAUGGAAAAUUAUGAACAAAAAAUAGAUAAAUUAAAAAAUAUAGAUUUAAAAAAAAAAUUCGAAUUAUUAGAUACUUAUGAAAAAGAAUUAUUUAAAGAAAGGAAUAGUCUUUCAAUGUAUCAAAAAGAUGCUUUCAAAAAUUUAAAUCAUAAAUUAAAAAUUGAUAAUAUUUAUGAAAUUAUAGAACAUAAUUUAAGGGAUAUAGACAAAAUUAAUGAAAACAUUAAUCGAAUAAAAAAUAAUAUAAAAAAAUUAAAUGAUGAUAUUAACGAAUUAUUAGAUAAAAAAAAUGAAAUCAACUUUUUAGAAAAAAAUGAGGAAUCAAUAAAUGAAGAAAAUAUUAAAAAACAAUUAAUAUCUCUUGAAAAACAAGAAAAAGAAUCAAAUGAACAAAUUGAUAAUAUACAAAAAAUAUUACAAAAAUUAGAAGAGGAUAAAAUAAAUAUUUAUAAAAAUCUUAAUAAUCUUAAUCAAGAAUUAAAUCAACUUCGUGAUAAUAUAAAUACAAAUUUUGAAAAAUAUGAACAUAUAGAAAAUAAAAUUGAAAAUUGUCAAAAAAAAAUACAAAUAUAUACACAAUUUAUAAAUGAUCUAAUAAAUGAAUGUGAUAUAAAUAGUGUCAAUAUUUUCUUAACAAAUAACCUAUUAAAAGAUAUACAUGAUCAAGUUGAUAUAAACCAAUAUGCUCAAACGAAAAACAAAAAAGAAAACGACAAAAAUUACAACAAUAAUAAUAAUAAUAAUAAUAAUAAUAAUAAUAAAAAGAAGAAGAAAAAGAAAAAGGAAAGUAAAGGUAAAAGUAAAAGUAAAAAGAAUCAUAUGUCCAGUGAUCCAUAUCAAAAAAGAAAAAGCAAACUACUAGAAGAUAGUGACAGUGAACAAGAAUAUAAUACAUCUAAUAGUAAUAAUACAUCAUGUAAUAUCUCGGAAGAAGAAAAUGAUAUACAUGAACAUGAUGAAGAAGAACAAAAUAACAUACUUUUAUCGAAUAUAUCAUUCGAUCUUUUAUCAGAUGAUUUAAAAAAUAUGGAAAAUGAUAAAGAUAUAAACAAUGAAAAAGAAAAUAUGGAAAAAGAAAUUGAAAGAAAAAAAAAACUGUUAAAAUUAAAAAAUGUAAAUUGUAAUGCUGAAAAAGAAUAUGAAAAAUUAACAUCUAAAUUAAAAUCAAUUGAUGUAUCGCUUUCUGAAGAAAGAAAAGAAUGUAAUUUAUUUGAACGUAAUUUUAGAAUAUUACAAAAAAAAAGAUCUUACAAAUUCUUACAUUGUUUUAAUUAUAUUAAAAAUAUUAUAGAUAAUGUAUAUAAUAAUUUAACAUAUAAUGCUAAACAUCAUGUCGGUGGACAAGCCUUUUUAGACUUAUGUAAUUUUAAUGAAUUUAAUAAAGAUGAUGAACCUUUCUAUUGUGGUAUCAAAUAUAAUAAUAUGCCUCCAAUGAAAAGAUAUUUUGAAAUAUCUGAAUUAAGUGGAGGUGAAAAAAGUAUUAGUGCAUUAGCAUUAAUUUUCUCUAUUCAAAAAUAUAUUAAUAAUUCAUUUAUUAUACUUGACGAAGUGGAUGCAAAUAUGGACCCUCUCAAAAUCCAGUCUCUAACAAGAUACCUAAAUUCAAUUAAUAGUCAAGUUAUUGUUAUUUCUUUGAAGGAAAAAUUCUUUAGUAAAAGUCAAUCAUUAAUCGGAGUGUACAAAAAUAAACAUAAAAAGUGUUCAAAAACAAUUACUUUGGAUAUAAGUAAAUAUCGACAGGAUGUACCAAACAAUUGA